AUGAAGUGUGAGUGGCAGCGGUGUCUAGUGGAUGCUCUUCUGCCUUUGCCGUGGCCCCCCGGCGCGAUGCAGGCGGCCGCGGGGGGUCCGGGGGGGCGGCUGGCCGGGAGGGAGACCGGCAAGCCAUCCGCCACGGAGGCGUCGAUGCUGGCCGUGGAGCCCAUCAACGAGCUGCUGCGCGACAAGUGGCGCAAGUUCGGGGCCGUCUCCUUCUACAUCAGCGUGGUCUCCUACCUCUGCGCCAUGAUCAUCUUCACCCUUAUCGCCUACUACCGCCCCAUGGAAGGCACCCCCCCCUAUCCGUACACCACCACCGUCGACUACCUGCGCCUGGCGGGCGAGAUCGGCACCCUCUUCACCGGCGUCACGUUUUUCUUCCCCCAGAUCAAGGAUCUGUUCAUGAAAAAGUGUCCGGGCAUCAACUCCUUCUUCAUAGAUGGCUCCUUCCAGCUGCUCUACUUCAUCUACUCAGUGCUGGUGAUCAUCACGGCCGGGCUCUACCUGGGCGGCAUCGAGGCGUACCUGGCUGUCAUGGUCUUUGCGCUGGUCUUAGGCUGGAUGAACGCGCUCUACUUCACCAGGGGGCUCAAGCUCACUGGCACCUACAGCAUCAUGAUCCAGAAGAUCCUCUUCAAAGACCUUUUCCGCUUCCUCCUGGUCUACUUGCUCUUCAUGAUCGGCUACGCGUCAGCUCUGGUAUCUCUCCUGAACCCGUGUCCCAGUGCCGAGUCCUGCGACGAGGAGCCGUCCAACUGCACGGUGCCCACCUACCCCUCAUGCCGGGACAGCCAGACCUUCAGCACCUUCCUGCUGGACCUCUUCAAGCUCACCAUUGGCAUGGGCGAUCUGGAGAUGCUCGAGAGCGCCAAGUACCCUGGCGUCUUCAUCAUCUUGCUCGUCACCUACAUCAUCCUCACCUUCGUCCUCCUCCUCAACAUGCUCAUCGCCCUCAUGGGAGAGACCGUGGGCCAAGUGUCCAAGGAGAGCAAGCACAUCUGGAAGCUGCAGUGGGCCACGACCAUCCUGGACAUCGAGCGCUCCUUCCCGGUGUUCCUGCGGAAAGCCUUCCGCUCCGGGGAGAUGGUCACCGUGGGGAAG